AUGAACAACAAACCUGAGCUCGUCUUUGUCCCUGGACCGGGCGUCGGCCACCUUAUCCCCUUCGUGGAGCUGGCCAAGCUUCUCGUCCAACGCCACCACCGCCUCUCCAUCACUGUCCUUGUCAUAAAACCACCCUUCGACUCAAAAAAUAAUGCCUAUCUCGACUUACUCUCUGCUGGUGACGGUAUCAACUUUGUUCAUCUCCCCACCAAUGAUCUUCAAACAUUCAACGCCCAAAGCAUCCUCACUUCUUUCAUUGAAUCACAUAAACCGCAAGUCAAAGAAGCUGUCUCUAAGCUUGUUCUCUCCGAGUCAGCCUCCGAUGACUCACCUAAACUUGCUGGGUUUGUUCUUGACAUGUGUUGUACAAGCUUGAUCGAUGUUGCUGAUGAGUUUGGAGUUCCAAGCUAUAUUUUCUUUACGUCGAGUGCAGCUUUUCUGGGUUUGAUGAUUCACGUGCAGGCUCUUUAUGAUGAGCAGAACAAACACAUUGUUGAUUUGAAAGACUCGGAUUCUGAAUUGGAAGUACCGUGUCUCGCUAACACACUUCCUGCUAAGGUUUUGCCUUUUGUGUACUUGGACAAAGAUUGGUCUAUGAUUAUGUUUGAGCUAGCGAGGAGAUUUCGAAGAGUCAACGGCAUAAUUGUGAAUUCGUUUAAGGAGUUGGAAUCUUUUGCGUUCAAGUCUUUAUCUAGUGUUGAAACCAGCAUCCCACCUGUUUAUCCUAUUGGGCCCAUUUUAAAUCUUGAUGGUAAAAGAAUCGAUCUGGGGUCAGCUGAGUCCAAAACAAAAGCAGAGAUCAUUGAGUGGCUUGAGGAUCAACCACCAUCGUCAGUUGUGUUCCUAUGCUUCGGGAGCAUGGGAAGCUUCGACAAGGAGCAGGUGAAAGAGAUUGCUAGGGCGCUUGAACAGAGUGGGCAUCGUUUCUUGUGGUCUCUACGUCAACCUCCACCCAAGGACCAGUUUGUUGCUCCAAAUGACUACAAAAAUCUAACAGAUGUGUUACCAGAAGGGUUUCUUGAUCGAAUAGCUAGGAUUGGAAAAGUAAUCGGUUGGGCUCCGCAAGUGUCAGUCCUAGCCCACAAGGCAAUCGGAGGGUUUGUCUCACAUUGUGGGUGGAAUUCAGUGCUAGAGAGCAUUUGGUUAGGAGUUCCAAUAGCCGCUUGGCCGAUGUACGCAGAGCACCAGUUAAAUGCGUUUGAGAUGGUGAUUGAGUUAGAAUCAGCAGUAGAGAUUAAAAUGGAAUAUAGGAAGGAUUUUUUAGGAGAGAAUAAAACGAUGGUGAGUGCAGAGGAGAUAGAGAGAGGGAUCAGGAAAUUAAUGGAGGAUGAUAAUGAAAUAAGGAGAAGAAUUAAGGAGAUGAGUGAAAAGAGUAGAAAAACGAUGAUGGAGGGUGGAUCUUCAUUCACUUCAUUGGGUUGCUUCAUUAACGAUGUUAUGAGCCAUUUGUCAUAAAUUUUGAAAUAGAGCAUUUUUAGGACGAGUGUUAGAUUUUAAGCAGAAUGGUUUGAUUUAUGUGACUUAGGGGUGAAAAAUGUCUUUAGAUCAAAUCUUGAGCAGAAAAAUGUGAGCUUACUUCAAU